AUGGUGACAACGGGCCAAGUUCUACUCUAUGUUCCGAACUUGAUCGGUUACGCUCGGGUCGUUUUGCUCCUCGCAUCGCUCUUCUUCAUGCUCCACGAUCCAUGGACGACUGCUGGGCUCUACAUGACUAGUGCGCUGCUGGACGCUUUCGAUGGGCACGCAGCUCGGAUUCUCAACCAGUGUUCGAAAUUUGGCGCUAUCCUGGACAUGCUCACCGAUCGGGUUGCCACUUCGAUGCUCUUGAUGGCCCUUUCCGUUCUUUACCCCAAGUACUGCAUUCUCUUUCAACUGUCGAUGGGGCUGGAUAUUUGGGCGCACUGGCUGCACAUGCACACUGUUCAAGAACUCGGCCGGGCGUCGCACAAGGCCUUUGGUCCCGAUUCAAACCCGAUUCUGCGAAUUUACUACACCAACCGAAUCGUUCUCUUUUUCAUGUGCGCUGGAAACGAGCUUUUUUACAGCUCCCUCUACUUCUGGGCCUUCACGGACUUCCACGGCCUUGUACCAAUCCUGGUCUACGUCUCGCUCCCCAUCGCCGUCGUCAAGAGCGGAAUCGCAGCCGUCCAGCUGAUCUACGCCGCGCGCAACUUGGCCGAGCUCGACGCCGUCCAAGCUUCCAAGCAAAAAUGA